GGUUCACACGGCAAAGGAGCGACCACAACAAGACGCGGAUAUUGAGGGGAUGCGGCAUCGAUACGCGGGAGCUGUCCAGCAGCACCACGCCAACGACACGGACGCACAGGAUAGCCAGAGCAUUUCAGCGCGCGUUCAGAAAGAGGGAUCUCGUUCAGUCGCCCCGCUCUUUAGUCUGCCGCCCCCACCACCAUCGAUAAGGGAGCGCUCCACCUCCUCAUAUCAGAGCCGACAUGUACUGUCUUGUCCGGACCACAUCACCAGAGAAGGUAUCCAUGACUGUAAACCGCAGCAGGGCGACUCCCUGCCUUUGACCAGCAACAGCUUCCUCCUCACACAGAGUGCGCAAAGUGACCGUCAGCCUUAUCAUAACCAACCACUUCAGCCAGAGUUUCCAGAGGCCUCAUCUGGCUCUCAGUGUUCUCCUCAGAACAAAUCUUUCGUUUCCCCGCAGCCCUCCCCAUCAGAGCUGCCGCUGCUGCCGCCGCCGCCUUUGCACAUUUCUAGUACACGGGAUACUCGCCAAAAGUGUGCUAAUUAUUGCAAACAAGAAAACGCACAACGGUUCGUCGGGGAGGGGGGGCGUCGAGACCAAAACCCGUUGCUGCAGCAACCUUGUUAUAAUCAAACAGGGGAUCCCUCAUUGGAGCUACUAUUACCAAACUCUGGCCAAGGACAGAUAAAUCCAUGCCAGGAAAUUGAAGAUGAGAGACUACUAAUUGAGCCUCAAGCUCAGUUACCACAACUGCAGGCUCAACGGCAAUUACUGUUGGGUAGCAGCUUGCCUAUCAACUACUGCAUCAGCGGAUCUGGGGAAGUGUGCAGAAAUAACCAAGCGCUGUUGCAGCAACAGCAGCAGCAGCAGGCAGAUGCGCAGAAACACAGAUUUCAGUGGCUGCAGAGUGACCGAGACAACAGGUGCCAGGUGAGAAAAAUCGCACUCCGUCAAGCAGAGCAGCAGUACCAUGAUGGUCAAUGUGAACGCGCGUUAGUGAGAAACUCAUCGGUCUCCAGCAGUGAAAAUAUCAGCCCCCCGUACGGCUCCAGCAGUCAACUGUGGCCAGAGACCCACAAAAAGGAGGAAAGAAAAAACCGAGUAGGCAAACACAAGGCACAUGCUGAGCGAACAAAGCUGAGCCAUGCUGGAUCCAAGCCCUCCCUCUCCGAGAGCAGCCACUCACUCCCUCAGAUAGCCAUGAACAGUUGCAAGUACAAUGGAGGAGUGGUAAAACCACUGGGCAGCCUGGCGGCAUCACGACGCAACCUAUCAGAGCAUGACUCUGAGACCCAGCCGCUACAGACUCUGCACAGCUCUGGCUUGGAAGUGGUCGUCUCCAAGGGUGGUGGCGAGGACACCAGCAAGGCAUCCAAUGAGAGCCUGGUUAGAGAGAGUGGAAAUGCUCCACAGAAGAAAAAUAAAGAUAUCGGCUACAAGCUGGGCCACAGGAGGGCACUUUUUGAGAAGCGCAAGCGGCUUAGCGACUAUGCUCUAAUAUUUGGGAUGUUUGGGAUCGUUGUCAUGGUAACAGAGACUGAGCUGUCCUGGGGGGUUUACACUAAGGAAUCUUCAUAUUCAUUUGCACUAAAAUGCCUUAUCAGCCUUUCCACUGUUAUUUUGCUUGGUCUUAUAAUAAUGUACCACGCUCGGGAAAUACAGCUGUUCAUGGUGGACAAUGGGGCGGAUGACUGGAGGAUAGCCAUGACAUAUGAGCGUAUCUUCUUCAUUGUACUGGAGCUGCUGGUGUGUGCCAUUCACCCAAUCCCGGGCCAGUAUGUCUUCACAUGGACUGCCCGGCUGGCCUUCACCUACGUGCCCUCUGUGGCCGAUGCUGACGUAGACAUCAUACUUUCCAUCCCCAUGUUCCUCCGUCUCUACCUGAUCGGCCGGGUCAUGCUCCUUCAUAGCAAGCUUUUCACAGAUGCAUCCUCACGCAGUAUAGGUGCCCUCAACAAGAUCAACUUCAACACACGCUUCGUCAUGAAGACCCUCAUGACUAUUUGCCCCGGAACUGUGCUGCUGGUCUUCAGUAUCUCCUCCUGGAUCAUCGCGGCCUGGACUGUACGGGUCUGUGAGAGGUAUCAUGACAAACAGGAGGUAACUAGUAACUUUCUUGGAGCUAUGUGGCUAAUUUCCAUAACUUUCCUAUCAAUUGGUUAUGGAGAUAUGGUCCCUCAUACAUACUGUGGUAAAGGGGUCUGUCUUCUCACAGGAAUCAUGGGAGCUGGCUGCACUGCACUUGUAGUCGCAGUGGUUGCCAGAAAGUUAGAACUGACAAAAGCUGAAAAACAUGUCCACAAUUUUAUGAUGGACACCCAACUUUGUAAACGAGUAAAGAACACAGCUGCUAAUGUACUCAGGGAAACAUGGCUCAUCUACAAACACACAAAAUUAGUGAAGAAAAUAGAUCAUGCCAAAGUGCGCAAACAUCAGCGCAAGUUCUUACAGGCCAUUCACCAGCUCCGCAGUGUGAAAAUGGAGCAGAGAAAACUCAAUGACCAGGCCAACACACUGGUAGACUUGGCAAAGACACAGAAUGUGAUGUACGACUUGGUGUCAGAGCUGCAGGAGCGUAGCGAGGAGCUGGACAAGCGCAUUGGCACGUUGGAGGACAAGCUAGAUGCAGUCACCGGCAGCCUGCAUGCUUUGCCCUGUCUGAUCUCCCAAGCCAUAACUCAGCAGCAGCAGGACCUCCUAGAUGGCUUUGUGCAUCGCUUCCGUCCGCCCUCGCUGGGCUCGGAGCACUCCUGGACCCCCUCCAGACGGCGGCGCUCCCCCUCCACUGCCCCGCACACUUCUUCCGACAGUGGCUAACACUGGCCUGGACCUGCUUACCACUUCCAAAGGUCUCAGACUUAUUCACGUAAGCUGAUCAAACUUUUGUGGAGGACUUAAGGUUGAGGACUUGUAUUAAUAAGUAGAAAAGAAUUAGUAGAUAUAUGGUUUAUGUUUAGCCAUUGUAUGGCUGUUCAAGUUAGCUUUUUUGUAAAGCCUUCGUAUAUUUAUAAGACUGAGUUCAGGAAGCUGGAGUGAGUCCAACUGGUCUUUAAAACUGGAGGUCCACAGGAAAGUGGGCCCAAGCAAUGCUUGCCAGAGUGAACCAAUCUUGAAAACAAAGGAAAUAGAAGAUAAAGAAGAGAUGAAUUGCUUCUGCAAGACAUCUGUGGUGUUGUUUUCCCAAUGCCAGGAUGAGCACUGAGAGUGCCACCAGGUGCUCUGCGAUCACUCAGUAUUCAGUUGGAGAAGGGGAGCUUGUGACCUUACUACUGCGUAGAAUAUUGCCAGAAUGACAACUUUAUGGAUUCAGUUCCCUUGCUCUUUUAAGGGAAAUUGGGUGCAACUAACCUUUUUUAGUUAUUAUUGGCAUGUUAUUUUUUCAGUGCCUGAAUGUAUAGAUUGCAAAGGGUUGUUCAUUUACCAAUUUUAAAGCAAGUUUUUUGUACAAUGUUACUGUAACACAAGCAUUGCAUUCCUUUUUCAGAUACAUUCCUCUUUAAGACAUUUUGAAUAAUUUGUCUUUACAAAUACCAUUAACUGUUGCAGUCUUCUCUUAUUUAUCAAAGCCUUUCAAUACUUUACCAGUUACUACAUAAGGAAAGAAAGAAAGUAAGAAAGAAAGAUAAAGGACUUUUAAGGAACCGUUAGUACUCAAGUUGGUAAAGUAACACUUUCAUUUAACCAAAUCUGAGCUUCCAGAAGACUUCACAUUACAGAGAGGCUCCAUUUUUUUAUUUAAAAUGACAGCACAGAGUGCUAAAUGCUGUGGUAGGCACAAAUGUAUGACAGAACUGAGAUUUAAACCUUUGCAUGUUUCAGUGCAAUUGAGACGAAUGGAUUAUGGAUGGUUUUUCAAAUGUAUGUGUGUGUUUUUUGCUUGAUUUCAUUUAUUUUUACACAGAGAUUCCUUUUUAAAAUGUUAGAAAGUAUUUUUAGAGUGCAGUAAGGUGGUAAUGUUUAAUGCAUUCCUUGUUCUACCUAUAAAUAACAAUCACCAACAGACUGAAGAAUCCAUGAAAAGUAGGAUAAACACUAAUAGAAUCGUGAACAUUUCAGAGAGAUCUCUCUGAAAGAAUUUGUACUUUUCAGAAUAUACCAUAAAGGCAGCUUAGAGCAAAUAGUCUCUCCUGUUCACUUUUAUUUUACUGACAUCUCAAUGAUAUACAGUCUUGAAUAAUCUAAUUAUCAUAAAGCAACUGACAAUGUUAUGUGUUCGAUGAUGUAAUUGUCACAAAUUAAAAUUUAUUGUAAAUGGCUACAAACAUUAACCCAGCAUAUUACUUCCAAUGUGACACUGAGUCAGGUACAUGUUUCCAGCUUAGUUCUCUUAAACAUCUGAGACAUUAUUUUAGCCAUUCAAAUGUGGCAAAAAAAGUGGAAGAUGUACAGAGGAUUGGAUUCCAGCCAAAGUUUAACCUUAAUUUAAUUAAAAUGUUUUAUACAACAUAGCAUCACAAGUAAAUAAUUGUAAGUUAGUGACAAUUACAAAAUCACUCAAAGACUCACAUACACACACUUAGUGUACAUUCCAUGUUAGAUCAAACGCACCAACUCCCAUUUGCUGGUUAAUCAUUUUAUAAAUUCUUUGCAGGAUUUAUCGUUCAGAGGUCUCACAACAAACAAACAGACUCCUAAUCAAACCUGUUUCAGUCUUGUCAGUACUAUGUGUUUAGGUCUUAUGUAUUUGCAGUCCUGUGCACAAACAAUGCCUUUUGUUCUUCUGAUCAAACAAUGCUUACGGUUAGCAACCCUGCUCAACAAUAAUGGCUAAAUUAAAACUGAAUCUAUUUUAAAUGAAAUAUGAAUAGGUAAAAAUUGGAUGGAUUAUUCUCAAAACCUUCAUUGUAAAUUUAAAUGUACCUGACACUUUGAUCAAAGACAAACUGAAGAAGCUGGUCAUGCAUUACAUUUCUAAGGUAAACCAAAAUGGAGGAAGAAAAUGCUUUACAAAAGUCUCUUUUUUUACAACUAAAAUUCUAAAAAGUGCAAUUUAGUAGAUCCUGAUUAAAAGUAUGACUUUUGUCAAACAUAAUUUGAUGUAUGGUUGCAUAGUUUCAUUGCCAAUAAUAUAACCAUGACCCUUUUUCUCUUUCAUUCACUGUCAACACGUCUAAAUGUUGUAAUGUGCCAAUUAUAAAAUAAGACUAAAAUCUUGUGCCAUCUGACAUCAAACUGCACACACAUCAGUAGAUGGGACACCAAAUCGAUAGAAAGUAUUUUACUAGAUUACAUUAUUUUAUUUUCCUUAUCUUUUUUUUUCUAAUUGCCUUUCUUUGUGAAAUACCUGUGAAAUAUUAAACACAGAGAGAUGAAUUUGCAUUUUGUAUUCUCCCAGGUUGACUGUACAUAAAGGCAUGGGUUAUCAUGGUCUCAUAUGUUGAGAUCUUAUUAUUUUGUUUACAUAGAGAUAGCCCAAAAAGCUACAGUUGUAAUAA